GACGGGUUCUCACUGGGACUCAGUACUCAAUCGUCAUGCCCCAACUUCCACCUACGCUGAAAGGCUAUGACAACCAACCCGGUAUCGUCAGCGCAUACAACAUAAUUCUCGGACUUGAAUGGAGAAUUCUACGCGAGAUUGACUCGGAGAAGGACAAGUUGGACAAGAAGACGAAUACUCUCGAUUCAUUGGAGAAGAAGUUGAUGAGAUGCCGAAUACUUGGUUUCCUCUUCCACCAUUUUCCGGGUCUCCAGUUGAAUGGUAGAUUCACUACUGAGAUCAUAACGAUCAAUGGCGACGACGAAAAACUACUGGAAUUAGGGGAGCAAUUCUAUCAGCUUCUCGUUAAGCUGUUCUCAGCUAACAAGGGGCGCACGCCGACGCCUACAUCUCACCCGUCUAGACCGUCCUUUGACCAAUCCGUAAAGGAGAUGAAGGCCAGAUUGAACGGGCCCCCUCCAAAUCAUCAAAUGGCUAAGAGGCUCGCCCUCGCCAGGGAUGGUUAUCGGUGUGUUAUCACCAAAGUUUAUGACUGGUCGUACGUCAAGGACAACACAGAGUUGCUAGGUUCCAUUAGGACGGAUGGAGGGCGCAUGGGAGUCACUGAGUGUGCUCACACCUUUCCGGAGUCUAUCAAUGCAAAUACCACAUCAGGCUCAAAUAAAGAGCACUAUGCUGCUUCUGUUUGGGCAGUACUUGACCGCUUCGGCUACGGACACCUGCAGCAGGAGCUCAAUGGUAUCGGUAUAAAUCGACUCGAAAAUGUCAUGACGAUGGAUUUAACCCUUCACAAGCUGUUUGAUUCGCUGCAGAUUUGGUUUUGUGAAACGGACGUACCCAAUGUAUACGAACUUGAUUCAGUCGAGGAUCUCCUGCUUCGUGAUAUCCCACGAUCUGUUACCUUUUCAACGACGGAUCCGGAGCUUUCCCUCCCCAGUUCAACCUACCUUGCUAUUCAUGCUGCUUGUGCCAAGGUUGCCCAUCUCUCCGGUGCAGGUGAGCAUAUUUUGAAGACGUUCAGAGACAUGGGAGACAUGGGAGUCUUAGCGGAGGACGGAGGGUCGGGAGAGCUUUUAUGCCAAGCGCUUCAGUCUCAGGGCGCGCCCAUUUCAGUCUAAUGUAUGUACUUUGAUUAUCAAGACGUUUGUGGGAUGGUAUAUCCGAUAGCC